UUCACAAGAUUGAGAUAGAGCACAAUUACAGUCUCGCGAUCCCCAUCCACCCUUUAUGGACGGUUUCAUGAUCAUGUUCCCCACGUGAUAGGCAAUCCAUAACGGAUCCGGUUGGAGUGAAAAAAAUCCAAGUCCGUAGACCCGCGACCCGACCCGACCUGACCCAGAUGGAGAAAAUGUGGGUCAACAUAUUUCAGUCGGCUCGUUGGAAGAUUUUAGCAGUUAUGCAUGAUCACUCCAUGCAACCCCAUGUCCCCAUGUUUUGCUUAAAAAAGGUCUAGCACUUUAUUUUAGUUUAUUUCUUAUGCUUUAGUUAAUUGUACUUUUAGCUUAAAAUGUAGUACUAGAUUUGUUCGUGAGUAGUGGUAGGUUAUCACCAGUUUGUUUUAUAUUUUCUAUAUGUAUUUGGUAAAGGACAAUCAAUGAAGGCACUGAGUUUUAGAAUGAAUUUUUUCUUGUGUUAAUUAUCUCAUGUUUGUGGGUUAAUUAAUUCGUCUAUGCUAGCUCAACCGUGGCGCGUUGGGUGGUGAACUUAGACACGAUUCUCUAACCGUAGUGGUGUAUCUGUAUCUUCGGUUAGACGUCGCAGCCCUACCGUUUCGUUUGGUGGUGAAUCUGUAUCCAAACGAGCCGUAGAACUAUCUUAAAUUUUAUUGUUUGUUUUGAACCGGUGAUUCGAGGGUCAUACCCCUAUCACUUGGUAUUAGAGCUCGGCUCGUUUCCAUCUCGCUUCAUCCCGAUUCUCUACUCUGUAAAACACCCAAAAGAAAACCGGUUGCAGGUAUAAUUUUUUUGUUCUGAUCUUCAAAGGGCAGCCUUGGUUAACCACUUCAAAUGGUGGUUCGAAGAAUCCUCAACAGUUCAUUAGAUCACAAAGGAGAAUUUCAACGAGAGACUAUUUUCCAAACUCGAUGCACCGUAGCCGGAAAAGUGUGUACUAUGAUUGUCGAUGGAGGUUGUUGUACCAGCAUCGCUUCCCAAACUUUGGUUUCAAAAUUGAAGCUCGCAACUGUACCGCACCCAUCACCGUACAUUCUUGAGUGGCUCAAUGAGGGAGAAGGCAGGCCUUGGCUAUUUGAUAGAAGGGUAAUACAUGACGGGUUCAAGAACACAUACUCGUUUGUUCAUAACAAUCGAAAAAUUACCCUCACGCCAAUAACUCCCGCCAGAUCAGCCUUAAACGAAUUUCAACCUAUUAAAGAGCAGGUAGCAAUAACCGAUGAUGAUUGUGAUAAUGGCACGCCCAGGGAAGAUGGCUCAAAUAUUGAAUUUUUGGUGUUCAAAGAAUUGAAAAAUAAAAAAGAAGAUGAUGGUGGACAACUUACACAAAUGAACUCUAAUGUUUUUAGUAAAAGUUCGGCUGAAAAUGCACUUGAUGUUCUUACCAAGUCUGACUCCAACAAUGAGGCUUUGAAUCAGAUUUCGGUGGUCCCUACACUGACUCCAACAAUGAGCUUAAUUAAGCUAUAUGGUUAUUGUCCACAAGAAAUUGUACGUGUUUUGGAUUGUGUAUUUACAAUCAUGGGAACUCUACAUGGCAAUAUACAGAUAAAUAACAAUGGUGUGCACUAUAUGAAGGAAAUUCCUCCUGAACCACCACCAAAGCAAGGGGUACAACACAAGAUAUUAUCUCAUGCCAUGAACCAUUUGUUAUGGUACCCAUCCCAAUUUCGUUUCAAACUAUACGCCAUCGGAUAUCCACCGGAAAUACCUCCUGAGCCGCCGCCUGAUUUUUCUUUUCCAAGUUUGAGGACAAACUUUCUCAAAGACGAAGAGAAUGAUAGGCAAUCCAUAACGGAUCCGGUUGGAGUGAAAAAAAUCCAAGUCCGUAGACCCGCGACCCGACCCGACCUGACCCAGAUGGAGAAAAUGUGGGUCAACAUAUUUCAGUCGGCUCGUUGGAAGAUUUUAGCAGUUAUGCAUGAUCACUCCAUGCAACCCCAUGUCCCCAUGUUUUGCUUAAAAAAGGUCUAGCACUUUAUUUUAGUUUAUUUCUUAUGCUUUAGUUAAUUGUACUUUUAGCUUAAAAUGUAGUACUAGAUUUGUUCGUGAGUAGUGGUAGGUUAUCACCAGUUUGUUUUAUAUUUUCUAUAUGUAUUUGGUAAAGGACAAUCAAUGAAGGCACUGAGUUUUAGAAUGAAUUUUUUCUUGUGUUAAUUAUCUCAUGUUUGUGGGUUAAUUAAUUCGUCUAUGCUAGCUCAACCGUGGCGCGUUGGGUGGUGAACUUAGACACGAUUCUCUAACCGUAGUGGUGUAUCUGUAUCUUCGGUUAGACGUCGCAGCCC